AUGGUGCGCCCUGCGGUCCCCGCAGGUGGCAAGCACAAUGAGAGACAUCCAGCCCUUGCUGCUCCACUGCGACAUGCUGAACGCAGCCCAGGAGGCGCUCUACCUCCCAGACAUCUUCUUCAGCAGCCAGCUGCAGAGCGUGCCACUGCUCAUCGAGGACAAGGGUCACGCGGAGCUGCCAGAGGAGUUCGUGGACCAGUUGCCCCAGGAGCACAGAUUGCAGCCCAAGCUUUCAGCCGUGCCCCAAUCCCCAUGGCAGUGGUCCGAAGAGAGCUCUCCUGUGAGAGCUACCCCAUUGAACUCCGCUGCCCUGGCACAGACGUCAUCAUGAUUGAGAGUGCCAACUAUGGGAGGACAGAUGACAAGAUCUGUGACUCUGACCCUGCUCAGAUGGAGAAUAUCCGAUGUUAUCUGCCAGAUGCCUAUAAGAUUAUGUCUCAAAGAUGCAAUAACAGAACCCAGUGUGCUGUGGUGGCAGGUCCUGAUGUUUUUCCAGACCCAUGUCCAGGAACUUAUAAAUACCUUGAAGUGCAGUAUGAAUGUGUCCCUUAUAUUUUUCUUUGUCCUGGACUGCUAAAAGGAGUGUACCAGAGUGAACACUUGUUUGAAUCUGACCACCAGUCUGGGGCAUGGUGCAAAGACCCUCUACAGGCUUCUGACAAGAUAUAUUAUAUGCCCUGGACCCCCUACAGAACUGACACCCUGACAGAGUAUUCAUCCAAAGAUGACUUCAUUGCUGGAAGGCCAACAACUACCUACAAGCUGCCUCACAGAGUGGAUGGCACUGGAUUUGUAGUAUAUGAUGGUGCCCUGUUCUUCAAUAAGGAGCGUACCAGAAACAUAGUAAAGUUUGAUUUACGGACUAGGAUAAAGAGUGGAGAGGCAAUCAUAGCAAAUGCCAAUUACCAUGACACAUCCCCAUACCGAUGGGGUGGUAAAUCUGACAUAGACUUGGCAGUGGAUGAAAAUGGAUUAUGGGUAAUCUAUGCAACAGAACAGAACAAUGGCAAAAUUGUCAUUAGCCAGUUAAAUCCUUAUACCCUACGGAUUGAGGGGACGUGGGACACGGCCUAUGAUAAAAGGUCAGCUUCCAAUGCCUUUAUGAUUUGUGGGAUUCUGUAUGUGGUCAAAUCUGUAUAUGAGGAUGAUGACAAUGAGGCCACCGGUAAUAAGAUUGACUACAUUUACAACACGGACCAAAGCAAGGAUAGCCUGGUGGAUGUACCCUUUCCCAAUUCCUACCAGUACAUAGCAGCUGUGGAUUACAACCCCAGGGACAAUCUGCUUUAUGUGUGGAAUAACUACCAUGUUGUGAAAUACUCUUUGGACUUUGGACCUCUGGAUAGUAGAUCAG